CCUGCCCCCCCACCUCCAGGAGAAGCCCUGCCCCCCCGGGGAGACCAGGCAGCUCCUGCCGCUGCCUCCCCACCUCCAGGAGAAGCUCUGCCCCCCCAGCGAGACCAGCCAGCCCCAGUAGUUGCUCCAGCUGCUAUAGAAGGGACCCCUACAGGAGCAAAGAGCCCUCCAGGAAAUGCCCGGCUUUCCCCAGCUGCAGCCACCCUCCCGGGAGAAGCGCUACCCCCCAGGAGCGAUGGGCCGUCCCCUGCCACCGCUGCUUCUCCACUGCCUGCCGCAGCGGCCACCAGCCCCAGGCCCAAGCAAGGUGCCCAGAAAGCCGAAGCGAGGCAGAGGCAGGCGAAGGAGCGGAGGGAGGAGCGGGCCAAGUACCUGGCCACCAAGCGAGCGCUGUGGCUGGAGAAGGAGGAGAAGGCCAAGGUGCUGCGGGAGAGGCAGCUGGAGGAUCGCAGGAAGCGGCUGGAGGAGCAGAGGCUGAAGGCAGAGAAGCGUCGGGCCAUCCUGGAGGAGCGCCAGAGGCAGAAGCUGGAGAAGAACAAGGAGCGCUACGAAGCCGCCAUCCAGAGGUCAGCCAAGAAGACCUGGGCCGAGAUCCGGCAGCAGAGGUGGUCGUGGGCUGGCGCGCUGCACCAGAGCUCCCCCCGGCACAAGGAUGACCGGAGCUUGCAGCUGAGCCCCUGGGAGAGCAGCAUCGUGGACCGGCUCAUGACGCCCACCCUCUCCUUCCUGGCCCGCAGCAGAAGCGCCGUGACGCUGGCCGGCAGUGGCAAGGAGCAGGCAGUGCCGGUGUGCCCCCGCUCCGCCUCCACCAGCCCCCUCAGCCCCUGCAACAACCACCGCCUGCAGCACCGCUGCUGGGAGCGCCGCAGGGUUGUGGCCAGCAGCCCGGAGGUGACGCCGCGCCGGAGAGUUGAGUCCUCGCCCAAGAAGAAGGAGAAGAAGGACAAGGAGCGGGAGAACGCCAAGGAGCGGAGCGCCCUGUCUCGCGAGCGGGGCCUCAAGAAGCACCAGCCCCAGCCCAGCAGCCAGCCCAGACUCCUCCGGCCCGCCGCGGACAGCAGCCCGGGGCCAAAGAACCGGCCCUCAUCGCCUGCCACCCCCAACCACCGGCCGGCUUCCCCCAGCCCAGGCCUCGGCUCGCCCCACAAGCCGCCACUGCCCCGCAGCGUCCACUCCUCCCGCAAGGGGCGGCCCAGGGCCAAGGAGGAGCGCAAGAGCCAGCUGAAGGCACGCGAGAGGAAGGAGGAGGAAGAGGAGAGGGGAGCAGCUUCCCCAGCCCCGCCCGACACUCCCAAGACCCCUGGGCCCGCUGAGCAGCCCCCAGGCGCUGCUGCCCCCUCUGGCACCCCCAGCCCCACGCCAGCUCCUGCCACGCCUUCGGGCAAACCCAUGGCGGGCACCACAGACCGAGAAGAGGCAGCCCGGCUCCUGACAGAGAAACGCCGGCAAGCCCGCGAGCAGCGUGAGCGUGAGGAGCAGGAGCGCCGGGAGCAGGAGGAGCGGGAGAGGCGCCAGAGGGAGGAGCAGGCCCAGCGGGAAGCCCAGGAGCAGGCCCAGCGGGAGGCCGAGGUCCGCCGGCUGGAGGAGGAGCAGAGGCGGCAGCAGGAGGAGCAGCGCCGCCAGGAGGAGCGCCAGGCCGAGGAGCGGGCCCGAGCCGAGCAGGAGGAGACGGAGCGGCUGCAGAAGCAGAGGGAGGAGGCAGAGGCGCGGGCCCGCGAGGAGGCCGAGAGGCAGCGGCUGGAACGGGAGAAGCAUUUCCAGAGGGAGGAGCAGGAGCGGCUGGAGAGGAAGAAGCGGCUGGAAGAGAUCAUGAAGAGGACGCGCAAGUCAGACGCGGCCGAUGCCAAGAAGAAGGACGAGAAGAAAAUGGUGAAUGGGAAAGAAGCCAAACAGGAGACUGACGCCAGCCCAGGCUGUGGGAAGCGAGCAGGGCCGCUGGCGAAGGAAGAGGAGCUCCCUGAGUCAGAGACGCCCAGCACAGAGAGCCAGGGUGUGCGGACGGGCCCUGUCCCUGAGGGGCUGCAGCAAAGCCCCCCCAGCAAGGACGCGGCGCCCCUGGUGAACGGCGUGCAGCCCGGCAAGCACGAGAACGGCUUCCCCGGCAAGGAGGUGGGCCAGGGCGUGCUGGAGCUCUCACAGCACAGUGGCAGCACCGACCCCAUCAUCCCCUUCGGGGACAAGGAGCCCUUCCUCAAGACGGCCGUCGUCAAGCCCCCCCAGGUCACAGAAGUGCUGUGAGGGGCAGGUGCGUCUCCCUGGGCAGAGCGCCCCGCGGUGGCCCGCGCCGUGGCUGCCUCGGUGCGGGGGCGAGGCGAAGUGCCAGUUCCGGACUUUCUCACAGAACUAUAGCUGUUACCAGACGAAAAACCACGUCACUCCCACCUACCGCCCCAGGAAGAGGAUGAACCGGGCAGGGCAGGGGGCCGGGACGUGCCCCCCCCCCACCAGCCCCAGGGACUCUUGGUUUCUCUUUUUGUUCGUUUUUAACAUGCACCUUAUCAGACUGACACCCCCGCCCCUCCUAGCGGUUCCCACCGCGCCGCCCCCGACGUGUGGUGUAAUAAUGUCGUUAUUUAACUUGCUGGGGACAGUGUAUGUGAAUAAUGUAAAUAAAGCUCCGUGUGACAUCAGGGACGAGCGCCAGGCCCAGCUCUCUCUGUGCAGGAGGCCGGGCCCAUCCCGCAAGCUUGGAGGGCGCAGGAGGCUGGCCCUGGGUCUAGGGUUCGAUCUCCUUUAACCUCCCGUAGCCGGGCCCAGCCAGCUGCUCGGUGCCACUCUGACAACUCCCCCGUGCGACGUGCUACGCUCUGGGCCACUGCGGGCGUGGGUGUCGGUGCUGUGUGUGGGAGGGGGCCGCCGGGGCCGCGCCCGCCUCGCUCGGUGCCAAUGUGACAGUGUUAUGCAUCUGAACAAUAAAAUGGAAGAGCC